UAAUGGCAUAGUUUGCAUUGUAUGGUCUCCAAUAAAUGGUGUUUGUAAACUCUUUAAGAGAAACUGAAAACCAUGUUGUAUUGUACAUCAAUAUAACCACCAAUAGUUUACAAAUACGGAAAUGAUUAGCACUAUUAUCUCAUAAAUAUUUAGAAAAGUGAGGUUAAACCUCCCAAGUAACAGGUAUUGGAUUUUAAUUAUACUUUGCGUACAAAACCUCCCACCUUUUAAUCUGUUUUGUCCCCAGGGGAUUUGCAGUGAUGGUGUAUAUUAAAUAGAAAAUAAGAUACAUUUUAGAUGCUGGACGUAAACGUCAAUAGGUUAAUAGGAAAAACUGAUUGUCAGGAAGGGAUGCAAUAUGUAAGCAAACAAGAAACAUAUUAAUAUAGUUAAGUGGGAGGAGGGAUGGUACCAUUUUAGGGGUACAUUAGUCAACAGGGAGAUAGUAGGAAUUAUCAGAACCACGGCCAGCACAAUACAGAGACUAUCUUUUAUCAGCACAAUGGUGAGCCACCGACUACCCCUGGUUUGUCUUUCCCUGUCUUUACUCCUGUUUCUGGUCUACAGUGAGGAGACAGUUGGGGUCAGGUCAGCAGAACCAGCAGACAGCAGUCAAGAGGAGAAAGAGCUGAUAGAUGCUUUACAGGAGGUACUGGAGAAACUAAAGAGUAAACGGAUCCUUCCUCUUGACAAGAAACUAGGAUGGGUGCCAUCGUGUGAUGCUGGUGAGCAAUGUGCUGUAAGGAAAGGGGCACGGAUUGGCAAGCUCUGUAACUGCCCAAGAGGAACUGCCUGCAAUUUUUACAUUUUGAAAUGCUUAUGAGACAGAAGACAGCAACAAGAGUGCAGAAACAGAGACAAAGAUUGCUCAAGUGCAGCAUUCCAGUCCAGAGAUCUGUUUCUUAACAUGAUGCCAUUUAUUCCAUCUUUGGUGUCUGUUGUGUUUUUAUUCAUGUAUUGAAAUAUUCGUUACAUUUACAUCCAUUCAGUAUCAAGUACCACAAUUGUUGUGUCUCCCAAAGGGGAGAAAUGGAAAGUUAGCAAAACCAUUUUCUCAACCCCAUUUUCAGGACAGCAUCCUAGGCGAGUCAGUAUAUUAUUUAGUAAUUGCAAAAAAUAUUUAGCUGUGCUGCUGUAAGGAUAUCCCUAAAAACAUAAACUAUAAACAGGUAUGAAAACCUGGAACUUGGUGGACCUGCAGUAAAUACCAUAUCAUGUAUAUCUUGUCCCAUCUAGUGCUGUGCAUUUGUUUGGAUAGUUGGGGUAUGGUAGUAACAAAUCUGUGAUAUUUGACUGGUCUUGACUAUGCAGGGUGAAUAAUGAAGUAUUUUGUGCUCCCUGGACAUUUGUUUGAUUAUUCUAAUUUCGUUUUUCCAGGCAACACUGUAAAGUAUUGUACAAACAUAUGAGGAACAUGGUAUUAUGACUGUUUUUGCACUGUUUUUGUUGUUUAAAAGCAAAAGUCAUCAUAUAGAACAUGAGAAAUAGAAUAUGGCAAUCUUCAAUUAAAUCUUUUUUGAGCUCCCCAUAGCUCCUCCAUGGUCUUAGUUACAAAUGAGCAGGGCAUGUGUCCUAAUAGCCAUUCCCCAGAAACACAGUAGGAUGAGGGUAGCAAUUUGCAGCUCUGCCAUUAAACAGGGAAAUAUAUUCUACAGCUCCCUGUUAGGAAAAUAUUACUCUCAUCAUUUCACUGGUACCCAUGCAAGGACUACUAAUACGUUUAAUUACAGUUACUGGAGAAGACCAAAGAAAGUCAGAAGGUCUUAACUAUUCACUUAAUAUAAUUGAAUCUCCGCCUAAUGAAAUCUGACACUGACGUGGAAAUGAAUUAAUAUCAUUAUUCUGAAAUGGAAAAUAACCCUUGAAUUAAUUUCUUAUUCAACAUACAUACAAAUGUUUGUGUUAUUUUGUGAGGUGUCUGUACUAAACAAUAAAUUAAAUACAAGAAUA